AAAGUUGAAAGUCAAACAGCAUUACAGCUCCUCGGUAUGGCGGUCUUGGUAGGUUGCAGAUCCUUUUGGCAAUCUUUUCGCGUGCAGUCAGCGCAUCGACAAAGUGCGUGUAGGCUAGCCGCUGCCUUCUUCUCCAGACGGUAUGUUCUGUCUAACAGAGUCGUGCUUUGUCCUCGCCUGAACGGCCACGGUGCUGUUACGCGAUACUACAGCUCCGACUCAAAGGAUGACCUGCGCGUUAGAUACCUGGACGGAGAAGACAGCGGUAUUGUCGUCGUUGGAAUAAAUCGACCAAAAGCCAAAAAUGCCAUAAGCAAAAAUCUUGUGAAAAUGAUGUUUGAAGCUGUGGAGGACAUCAAGAAGAAUAAAAAAGUGCGCAGUGUAAUUUUAUGCAGUUUGGUUCCUGGUAUAUUUUGUGCAGGUGCAGAUCUGAAGGAGAGGGCCAAGAUGCACCAGAGCGAAGUGGGACCAUUUGUAUCCAAAGCAAGAGCCCUCAUUACAGAGCUAGGAAACCUGCCAGUACCAACAAUUGCUGCAAUUGAUGGUGCUGCCUUAGGAGGAGGUUUGGAAAUGGCCCUUGCUUGUGACAUCAGAAUUUCCUCCAAUACUGCAAAAAUGGGACUAGUUGAGACUAAACUUGCAAUUAUUCCUGGAGCAGGUGGUACACAACGUCUCCCUAGGGUGAUUGGCGUCUCUCUUGCCAAGGAGCUCAUCUUUGCUGCACGAGUGGUUGAUGGAACACAGGCACAACAAAUGGGUCUUGUCAGUCAUUCUGUGGAGCAGAAUGACAGUGGAGAUGCUGCCUACUUGAGGGCUCUGGAGCUUUCACGGGAGAUUAACCCCCAGGGCCCAAUUGCAAUAAGGAUGGCAAAGUUGGCAAUUAACCAGGGGAUAGAGGUGGAUUUAUCUACAGGUCUGGCAAUAGAAGAGGCUUGUUAUUCCCAAGUGAUACCAACUAAAGACCGUUUGGAAGGCUUGGCUGCUUUCAAGGAGAAGAGGCAGCCUCAGUACAAGGGGGAAUGAAGUCAUCGUUCCAGAAUCGAUCAGUUCUGCCUUCAGCUCUGCUACUGUUCCACUGCUUCCAACAUAAAUUAUGGGUCAGACUGAACUCGCCAACACAUUAGCCCAUACAGUACCCAUAGGAUAGUUGACAGCUGGACCUAAGGGGUUAUUGUGGGCUGGUGUUUCAGGCUAAAGCACUUUCUGACUUUGUCAAUUCAAUUCACUUUUAUUUAUAUAGUGACAAUUUAUGACAGCAGUCACCGCAAGGCGCUUUAAAUUGUAAGGUAAAGACUUUACAACUAACUACAUUAAGAUUUGGAGAAACAAAGCAAACUAACCCAGCUAAGUUAAAUGUGCACUGCUGUGUUCAUGUCUGCAUAAAACAGUUUUUGAUUUACUUUACCAAAAUGAAGUGAAUGGAGAUGGUUUGAUUUCUUACUUUUGGGGCCUCAAUGUGCUAGUAACAAAAAAAUCCUUCAGAUUAACUGGUUGAAAAUCAUUAAUUGUUAUUUUUCUACAAGUCAGGUUUUGGUGCCAAAUUAAUCUGAUUAAAAAACUUAUGUCAACUCAACUAUAAUUUACCAAAAAAAGAUCUGAGCUACUUGAUUACUGCUCAGAUCUUGAUACGUUUCCUCAUUUGUUUCAUAGCAAACAUAACCUAAACUAUUUUGUUUACAUGUCAUCUUUACUUGCUGUCCCAUUUUGUUAUUUACUGAAGACAUCAUAUUAAAGUUGUUGUUUUUUUGUUUUUUUUUUAAUAUUUAAUAUAAACCUUCUUAAAACACAAGGGGUGCUUAAAGCUUACAUCGUCUGAAAUGAUCUGAAAUCGGCUUGUCUCCCUUUACAGCAACUUUGUUCUGAUUGGCUAUUCCUUGAACAGCACAACAGUGGGAUGUGCUUUUCUGCUGAGAGCCAGAGCCACACCUGAGAUAACGAUAUAAGGAUAUCAGCUCUGGCAUCAUACAAAGCUAAGAGUAGAGCAAAACUCCUCAAACCAAUAGUUUUUAGUAGUCUAAAGCCUGAUCUUUUGGCUUAUAUUGAUUAAAAUAAUGGGAUAUCUGCUGUCCUCAUUAUUUGUAACUGACCAUGUUCAAUAUGACUGUCGUAAGUAGUGAAUAUGACAGAAAAGAAAAAGCAGAGUAAGUCCCGUGGAGACCAGAGAAGCAGCAUGUUGAAUGUGAAUUUAAAUGCAUCACAGAGCUCACUACGAACUCCAAGUCACUUAAUUAUUUUUAACGUAUACUACAUUGAAAGAUGAGUGGUUUUUCUUGCAGUAUACAUCUGUCAAUAGUACUGCUGGAAAGGUCAAAAGCGUGGGAUUUGAAUGACUCUACAAACAUCACAAGUCUGUUUGGUUUUUAGUGUCUCUGCAGAAAUUGAAUACAUUUUCAGUUUGAAUUGAGAAAUGUGAACUACACUUAAGCUUUUUUUAAUUUCAGAAUACAAUUAAAAGUUUUAUCAGUGUAA